CAAUCAUUCCCCCGCCUCAUCUCCUCUCCUCUCCUCCCCCCUGCUUCUCCGACCAAAGCCGCGCCGCGCAUUCCGCCGCCAUGUCCGCCGCGCUCCACACGCUCCCCGCCGUCGCCGCUGGCGGCCUCGGCUGUCGGUGGCGGCGGCCCUCCGCGACGCUACGGGCGGCGAGCUCCGUGGGGACGGCGUCGGUGGCGGUGUCCGUGAAUGCGGAGACGCAGCAGCAGCGGCAGGUGGGUGUGGAGGAGGAGGAGAAGAGGAGGGAGGAUGCGGCGGAGGUGAGGACGGGCAGGGUGGUGGAGGCUCUCUACGACGACGGGUUCGGCGGCGUCACGGUGAAGGACUACUUCGCGGCGGCCAGGGCCGUCUCCAGCGACGACGGCGGCCCGCCGCGGUGGUUCUGCCCCGUCGACGCCGGCCGGCCGGCGGUGGACAACGCGCCGCUGCUGCUCUUCUUGCCAGGAACUGAUGGUGUUGGAAUGGGGCUCAUUUUGCACCACAAGUCUUUGGGAAGGGUAUUCGAGGUUCGCUGCUUGCAUAUACCAGUGAAUGAUCGUACGCCAUUUGAAGGGUUGUUGCAGAUUGUGGAAAAUUCUAUCAAAUAUGAGCAUGCUAUGUCACCAAACCGACCCAUAUAUCUCAUCGGGGACUCAUUUGGAGGAUGCCUAGCACUUUCGGUGGCAGCUCGUAAUCCACAAAUUGAUCUGGUUCUCAUACUGAUUAAUCCAGCAACGUCCUUUGCAAAGACUCCGUUGCAGCCGAUAUUACCUGUGUUGGAAGCAAUGCCAAGUGAACUUCAUGUCACAGUUCCAUAUCUUCUCAGUUUUGUCAUGGGCGAUCCUCUUAAAAUGGCUAUGGUCAGCGUUGAGAACAACCUUUCUCCUCCAAAAACUCUGCAGAAGUUGUCAGAUAGUCUCACUUCCAUGCUGCCUUUGCUUUCAGAAUUGGCAGAUAUCAUACCAAGGGAUACUCUUUUCUGGAAACUCAAGCUGCUGAAGUCAGGAGCAGCCUACGCUAACUCUCGUCUUCAUGCUGUACAAGCUGAAGUUCUACUUCUUGCUAGUGGCAAUGAUAAUCUUCUGCCAAGUGGAGAAGAGGCAGAUAGACUCUUCAAAUCACUGAAAAACUGCAGAGUUCGGUACUUCAAAGACAAUGGCCAUACACUACUGUUGGAGGACGGUGUUAAUCUUUUAUCAGUCAUAAAAGGAGUAAAUAUGUACCGCCGUGGCAGACAACGGGAUCCUGUGACGGAUUACAUUCCCCCGACAUUGAGUGAGUUCAAGAAAACAUUCGAUGAAGAUCACAAAUUGUUUCACCUUGCAUUGAGCCCAGUCAUGCUGUCUACCCUGAAGAAUGGGAAGAUUGUUCGUGGCCUUACUGGUGUUCCUGACCAAGGUCCUGUCUUGUUUGUGGGUUAUCAUGCACUGAUGGGGAUCGAGUUGAGUCCAUUGUACGAGGAGUUCUUGAGAGAGAAGAGAACAAGUUUCCGUGGUAUGGCUCACCCAAUUUUAUUUGGAGGAAAACAUGAGAGUUCGCGACAGGAGCUGUCUCGGUUCGAUACAAUUUCUAUGUACGGUGGAUUACCAGUCACUGCGAUCAAUAUGUAUAGGUUGUUUGAGAGAAAUCAAUUUGUUUUGCUCUAUCCAGGCGGUGUGCGGGAAGCUCUUCACAGGAAGGGUGAAGCAUACAAGUUGUUUUGGCCAGACCAACCAGAAUUUGUAAGAAUGGCAGCACGUUUUGGUGUUACUAUCAUACCAUUUGGUUUUGUAGGAGAAGAUGAUGUUUUAGAGUUGGUCGCCGACUACAAUGAUCAAAAGAACAUUCCCUACCUUCGGGAAUGGAUUGAGUCGAUUAACCGAGAAGCCCAAAGAGUAAGGGAUAGCGUCAAAGGAGAGGAUGGAAAUCAAGACGUUCACAUACCUGCUUUGCUCCCCAAAGUGCCAGGCCGGUUCUACUACCUAUUUGGCAAACCAAUCGAAAUGAAAGGUAUGGAUAAUGUCGUCAGAGAUAGGAAAAGUGCAAACGAAGUGUAUUUGCAUAUCAAAUCCGAAGUAGAGAGCUUAAUGUCAUAUCUGAAGAGGAAGAGGGAGGAAGAUCCUUACAGAAGCAUAGCGCAGCGUGCAGUGUACCAGGCAUCUUGGGGUGCUUCUGCAGAGGUCCCAACAUUUGAACCAUGAAGGUUGGGUGAUCUCGUGGUACUGUGAUUGAAUGAGCAUCGGCAAUCUUGUGUUCCGAAGCAAACAUGGAAAGGGGGUAUUAUCUGUUGGAAGUAAAUAGCAUUUUCAGUAGGCUGGCUGCAAGCCUGCAACUCUUGAAUCAGUUACACAUUUUGAUGGAACAUACCCCCAAAUAGGCCAUUAUACAAGUGUAUAGUAAAGUAGAACAGAUAUAUCUGAACAGUUUUUUUUUUGUUAUAUAUUUUAACCAAUGUAUAGUGAUUGAUAUACAGACUAGUUACUGAUGAAUGGAAUUCUUGCUCAUACAUAAGGGUUCCAUCUUUUUUUUUUCUAUAAUACAAAAGUGAUAUUCUUGGGCUCUGAACUAAGGAGUUGCUAA